GCAGCCAUGCGGGCGGGCCCCGGGCGGUGGGAGGAGGGGACGGCGGGAGGCCGGGGACCGUGCUCGGCUUCCCCGUGGCGGCUGGGCCCCGGCUGCUCGCUCCCCUCCUCGCCCUGCACGGCCCCGAUCCCGCUGCGGCCCGGCACCGGGAGAAGCUCCUGGCUCGGGGGGACGGAUGGAGCCCAGCAGGUGAUGGGAGCAUGAGUGAGAAUGAGGAGAACCUCCAUCACGAUGGUCUGGAGGCAGCCGAACCCUGCAGGGCCAUUUCGGACUUUUUCAUGAGGGAAGCUUCUCCUGCAGGCUGCCACCAGGAGAUAGGCUGUCCGAGGCCAGACCUCCUCUCUGCAGUGACGAGGCCGGAGAAGAGUCCUCACUGCGGCUUCCGAAAGCGGAAGGAGACCGUGGUGCACCAGAGAGCAUUCAUGGGAGAGAAACCGUAUAUCUGCAUCGAGUGCGGGCAGAGCUUCAACCGCAGCUCAGACCUGAUCCGCCACCAGAGGAUCCACACUGGGGAGAAGCCGUAUGUGUGUGCUGACUGCGGGAAGAGCUUCAGCCGCCACUCACACCUCAUCCAGCACCAGCGUGUACACACAGGUGAGCGGCCGUACCAAUGCAAGGACUGUGGGAAGAGCUUCAGCCAGAGCACACACCUGGUGCAGCACCAGCGCAACCACACUGGCGAGAGGCCUUAUGUGUGUGCCAAGUGUGGGAGGAACUUCUACCAGAACUCAGGCCUGCUCCGCCACGCCAAUUUUCACACAGGAGAAAAACCCUACAAGUGCACCCAGUGUGGGAAGCGCUUCAGUGAUAGCUCCAACCUCAUUGCUCACCAGCGGCUCCACACAGGCGAGAAGCCCUACAAGUGUACUGACUGCAACAAGUGCUUCAGUGAGAGCUCUAAGCUGGUCAUCCACCGUCGUGUCCACACAGGUGAGAAGCCUUACUUGUGUCCUGACUGUGGGAAGAGUUUCAGCCAGCGUUCGCACCUUGUCCAGCACCGUCGCACCCACACUGGGGAGAAGCCCUACAAGUGUGCUGAGUGUGGGACCUGCUUUAGUGAUAAUUCUACCCUCAUCCGGCACCGUCGUACCCACACUGGGGAAAAACCUUUUAAGUGUUCCCACUGCGGGAAGAGCUUUAGUCGCAACUCCUACUUAGUCUCCCACCAGCGGGUGCACGUAUGGUAGGCAGCAUCACUUGGUGUGGUCUGUGGAUGAUCUCAUGCAAUACAUAAUCCAGGCCUGUCCAAAUGUGCCUAAGGGACAAGGGGGAAGACAAGGGCCUCAUGUGACUACAUGAAGGCCUCUGAAUUGCAGGCAGCUGGCCGGAAUAAUGCUUUUGGCCUGGGUUGCCCUUUUCAGUCACCUCCUUCUCCCAAAGCACCUCAGGCAUGGACAGAGAUUGAGUAGGAGUUGUGGUGAGUGGUUCUCCAUCCCAAAGCCCUGCCAUCCUUCUUCCCCAGUGCUGGAGUUGGAUUCCACCCAUCAUGCAGCCAAAGUGCAAAUGUGUUCUCCCACCUCCCAGUAAGAACUGUCUGGGAACCUGCAGAAAGGAUGUGCAAUGUCAGGUAAUGUGAGGAAAAGCUGUUUGAUCGUGCAAUGUAUGCAUAUGUGGUUAUGUCAAGGGAAACAAGGUGGGAGAUAAGGUCCUUGAAUGUCUCCUUAAGGAGCUUUGUUCCACACACAGCUGAAAUGUUUGUGACCUGUAUAGAAUGUGUAGACAUACCUGGAGAAGGAAGGCAUGCCUGUGAAUGUUUACUGCAAAUGCUGCUGGGAUGGUAGGGACAUGGCUUAUUCUGGAAUCUCAAAACUGGCAGGUAACUGAUGUAGAAAACUAUCAGACCCAGAAGCUUUAAAAAAAAAGUAUCGUACUUGCUGCUGCUAAGACUUUAGUACACGACAGGUGUAUGGAGGUCACCUGUGAGUUUGUACCAGUACCUUUUUUGUUCUGCAGAAUUCAGAUUCACAUGUUCGGUUCAAGUGGGCUGGUGUAAGCUGUGCUGUAAAAUGGGACAGAACAAGAGAAUGAGAAUGACCUGAUUCCCUUCAGGUAUUUCUCAUGCCCCAUUUUGACUAGUGUGUGUUCAUAUAACAUCUAUAUGUAUAUAUUCAUAUAUAUGAACUAGCUUUUAUAUCAAGUAUCUUCACACAUGAGCAUACACAUGUACACAUAUUGGCAGUGGUCAAAAUGGCCAACUGUAUGACACUACACCAUAUCAGUACUUCUCAAAACACUGAACAUACUGUAUUUACUAGCAUUUCUCAAUAAGAAGUGGUGAGAAAUAGGUUUUGUACGUAAACAUCUGAAUUUUCAUAACAGGACACUCAGUUUUACACUGAUUACUUUGUGUGUCUGUGUAAAAGAUAUGCAAUGGUGUUCUUUUAUUUAUAUAAAAAUGUGAGGCCCUAAUGGUUGCAAAGAAUGACUUAUAAAUGUCAUUCAGAAUAGUGCUCACCCCCUCAUUUUACACAGGUACAUAUCAGCGUCAGUUGUAGGAUGUACACCAGUCAUGGUUCUAACUACAAGGAAUUGCAGUGCAACACUUUACAUUGUUUAUUUUUAGACUGUCUUACUGAUACUGCUAGAGUUUAGAAAUGAUUUCUGGUUUUGUGAUAUAUCUUACUAGUCCUACAGCUGGCUCUGUGGCUUUGGUAUAUCUCUGGAAAAAGGAAUGCAGACUGAAGCCAGUGAGAAGACUGGGGAUGUGGUGGGGAAGAGAUGAAGGAAAUGAAGAUGCUAAGGAGAUCUAUAGAUCUGAGCAACUGUUGGUCAGGGAUGCUUGUGAAUGGCUUGUUCUCCCGAACUUGCUACUCUGCAAAGUAGUACAAGGUUCACAGGGAUCCUUUGCAAACCCCAAGCCACUUCUUGACACUCAGCUGCUGAUAAAAUUAUGUUUUGAUAAAGUUUAAAAGAAAGAAACUGUAGGAAGAGCAUGAAAUUGUUUGCAGCUCGUGGAGUAACAAGCCACCUUUAUGUCUUGUGUGUGCAGCUGCUCAGGGAAGUAGGAGGAGCUUCUGAAAUGGAGUGGGCUUUGUUUACACAGGAACCAAAGCCUCCAUUUGCAAAUGCACUUUUUUUUUUUUUUUUUUUUUUUUUUUUUGUAUGACGUGCUUCAAACCAAUGACUUGCUGAUUUUUGUUCUGCUUUUGGAAAGUGACUUAUGGAAAGUGAAAAGUGACUAAUGGUAAUUUAGUUGGUUCCAGAAGUUUCAAUAUUUUUAUUUGCUAGCACAUUUUCAGAAAGGAUACUACAGUUCUCAGUUGGUAGGCUCAUUUUAAACUGAAUUCAAAGGUCAUGCUGCCGUCUAGCUGUAGAACUGAUCAAUUUGUAUGGACUUGUCUCAUUCCAGUUUAAUUUUUGUAAAAUAAAUCUACAGCCCUACAAAUAUCUGUCUGGCUGAGAAGUCCUCUUUGCCAGGGAAUGGCAUUCUGCGAAUGCAUCUUUUCUUUUGGGAAUCUGAAUGGAAUAACUGUAGCAGAUCAAUGAAAUCAAACCUGAGUCUGCACAUAGCUGAGCUCAACUCAAAAGGAAACCCAUUCAUCAAGAUCGUGGUUUGAGAAGCCAACUGCCCCUCAAAUAUGCCUUUGCAGCAGUCCUUACAGCAUUUCUUUUCCCUCUACACACUUUGUGAAGUGUUGUGUGUACCUAACAGCGUUCUAUAAAUUAAAAGGAUUGAUAUACAUUUAUUUAUGAGAUCUUUAUUAACUUACUUAAAACUACCUGCCAAAUCAAAGUGACUUUAGGGUUCACAGCACAUAGCUGGUGCAGUAGUCUUAGUGGCUAGGACUGGAUUGCUCACCAGUGUAAGCACAUUUCUGGAGUUCCGUUCCACAGCCACUGUUAGUUUUCCCUGUUUAGUGUCACUUGGCAGAAAUAAUUCACUUUCUCCCGCUGGUCUGCCCUUCACUGUUUGUGAACCUCUAGUUUGAGAGGAGAAUCUGGGCAGCACCCUUUCUUUGCUGUUGCAAAAGUUAGAGAGUAUCUUCCUCUUCCAGAAAUUUAAUUGCUUUCUGGGCAGCACAAACGCACAGGCCAAAUUCAAAGGACAGAGGUAUGGCGUGUGCAAAAGGUCAAGAACCAGGAGGUUUACUUUCACAGCUGCUAGCUCACUGGCUUCUCUAACAGCCUUCUCCUCUGUCAGGAUUGUAACGGGAGUCUACUGGAAAAAAAAGAAAAAGGUAAUUAGCUAUUAUAAUUUCAGCAGACCAUCCCUAGCGCACUCCAUCCCAGAUCCACAGUCACCAGCUGGUGCCCAGGUCCUGCUGCCAGUUGAGGGAGCUCUGUAGAAUACUGUAAAUUCCUGUUGUGCUGUUGGUGCUUAGAUACUACGGUGAUACUAUGGCACUUUAGAAAUACAUAAGAUAAACAAAUGCAUGAAUUAUGUCUCUGAAAUAAAAAAUUUCACCCUGGU